AUGCGUGGGGCAGCUGCCCCGGGGCUGCGGGGACACACGACAGAGAAGAGACAAUGGCUGCAGGCCCAGUGCCGACCAGCAGGGGGCACACGACAGAGAAGAGGCAAUGGCUGCAGGCCCAGUGCUGACCAGCAGGGGGCACACGACAGAGAAGAGGCAAUGGCUGCAGCCCCAGUGCUGACCAGCAGGGGGCACACGACAGAGAAGAGGCAAUGGCUGCAGCCCCAGUGCUGACCAGCAGGGGGCACACGACAGAGAAGAGGCAAUGGCUGCAGGCCCAGUUGCUGACCAGCAGGGGGCACACGACAGAGAAGAGGCAAUGGCUGCAGCCCCAGUGCUGACCAGCAGGGGGCACACGACAGAGAAGAGGCAAUGGCUGCAGCCCCAGUGCUGACCAGCAGGGGGCACACGAUAAAGAAGAGAGAAGAGGCAAUGGCUGCAGCCCCAGUGCCGACCAGCAGGGGGCACACGCAGAGAAGAGGAAGUGCUGCAGCCCCAGUGCCGACCAGCAGGGGGCACAAGCAGAGAAGAGGAAGUGGCUGCAGCCCCAGGGCUGACCAGCAGGGGGCACACGAUAGAGAAGAGGAAGCCACAGCAGCCCCAGUGCCGACCAGCAGGGGGCACACGUAG